CCGUGUUACUCAUUGAAAAAGCGGUCGGACUUGGCAAAUUUUCUAGUUCCAUGGAUGGAAAGGUUGCGAUUGCCCCACCAGAUCGAUCGAUAACUAAGGCAAGAUAUCUGCCCAUACUCUACAAACUCACUCACUCAACUCUUACACUUCAACAGUUGCAACUCAUCUCUCUUUGAAAAUUCCAGUCUCACCACACUCAAAGGACUUACUCGUUCAUUCUAGAGCCUAUUUUAUGAGACCAAGUGGUUCUUGGGGAGUCAUCAAGGUGCUCGCGUGAGCUGGUUAGGCAUCAACACCAAAAAUAUCACAUCUCAUACAAGAGAUACACACAUCAGCAAAAAUGUCCCUCACCUGGAGAAUCUCCCUCAAGGGAGAAACCGCCGACGAACCAGAAGACUACCUCUCCACAGCUCUCGGCGUCAUCUUCCCCGACGACAUCACCAACCAGCACGGCGACGCAGAGCACUCCCUCUCAUACGCAUCGCCACACCUCCCCAAGCCUCUCAUCAUCGACCUCGCCGACCCCGUCAAGGAAGAUGACCGCAAGCUAUUUUCUCACUACCUCUGGAACGCAUCUCUCCUUCUCGCCGAGUUCAUCGAGGCUGACUCGUUGGGCAUUCCCCUCGAAAAACCCCGCGAGGCGCAGGAUAGUCUUUCGUUUGACGUCAAGGGGUUGAAUACGCUCGAGCUCGGUGCUGGUACUGCGCUUCCUAGCAUCAUGGGAGGGUUGUUGGGGGCCAAGAGAGUCGUCGUGACCGAUUAUCCAGCUGAACCCGUCCUCAAAACCCUCCGCACAAACGUGGCCCGCAACAUCCAACCAUCCUUCUCACCAUCCCCCGAAGCAGUGACGCCAACAUCGUCCAUCGUUGUCGAGGGUCAUUCGUGGGGUGAGUUGACAGAUUCCCUAAGCUCUUCCAACCAAUACGCUUUCGACCGUGUCAUCGUCGCCGACUGUCUCUGGAUGCCCUGGCAGCACGCCAACCUUCACAAGUCCAUCGCCUUCUUCCUACGGCGUACACCUGAUGCUCGUUGCUGGGUCGUCGCUGGUUUCCAUACGGGUCGGGAAAAGAUGCGUGGAUUUUACGCUGCGGAGGCGUUGAAGGAGGUUGGGCUCGAGGUCGAGAGGAUCUGGGAGAGGGACUGCAACGGCGAGGAGAGACCAUGGGAUACCGAAAGAGAAGACGACGUCACCGUGAGGAAGAGAUGGCUCGUCGUCGCUUCACUCAAGUGGAUUUCGAUAUCGUGAGGGGCGACUCGAUU